AUUAAUUAAAAUGGUUUUAGGGCAAGUUUUUUCCUUUUUUUCACAGCAAGUAAUGUUUAUUUGGCUUUUGGUGUUUAUUACACCUCUUUAUGUAUUUUUGGCUAGCAUAAUGGGAAAAGGACUUUAAAUUCUUUAUCAAAUGUCAAUAAAUAGAUAAUCAUUAAUUUAUAAAUACGUGGGAGAUGUUAGUUGGUUGUUCCCAUUUAGAGUAUUAAUUAAUAUAUAUUAUUGUAGCAAAAUGAAUAAGAAUUUAAACUAGUACACAUUAUAUUAUUGGCAGUAUUAAUUGGUUUGGUUUCAUUAAUAAUUAUUGGUGGAGUAAUGUUAUAAAAUUAGUUUGAAAAACAGAGAAUAAUUGAAAAGAGUGAAAGCCAAGAAAGUAAAACAAAAAAGAAGGUUGUUAACGAAUGAAAA